CUACAACUCCCCAUAAAACCCUGACUCCUUGUGUAUUAAUGCUAGGUCUUUUAUUCAUCACCUGUUGUGGACUGAGACGGAUGAAUUUGAUUCCUGUGUUGUGUAGAGUAUAGAGUGGGUGGUAGAUGUAGAAGCGUGUUUGGAUGAGAGGUGAUUUGAUGAGGCGGACGACAUAUUUUCUUCAUCACUCAUCCCAUGAAUGCAAUACGUAGUGUUCAGUAGUGGCUUACAGUGUACUGCUUCCAUGUAUUGUGAGCCUGACGUUUCUGUCUAGGGUCGUGCAUCUAAAUGGAUCUGUCAGUUGAAAUGGGCACAGGCCACCAGACAUUAUACUAGGUGUGUGUGGAUGACUGUGUAUUCAAGAAUCUUGCUUUUUACAUGGCGGUGCAUACGAUGCAUGUUAACGGAGAGAUCUCACCUAAAUUCAGGCUGGCGUACAUUGGUUAUAAAUUGUGAUAGGAUACAAAGUCUCAUGUUGUCUUGCACAAGGACACCUUCUUUCCAUUUUUUGCCUUGGUUGGAUGAAGGGACCUCAUCGUGGAAUUCAACGGAUGAUUCUACCAUUGGCUUGCAAAGCAUUUCUUCUAUAUUGCAUCAUAAGCAACGAGAUGCGUUGUAUGCUGUUGAUGUGACCAAAAACCUGUUGCAAAGAAUAGGAUCAUAAUGUUCAAAUUCGUAGACCUGGUUUACUGGAGGGACUUGAAGAAGUCUGGUGUGGUCUUUGGCAGUAUUCUCUUUGUGUUGAUUGCCCUGAGUCUCUUCUCCUUCAUCAGUGUGGUUGCCUACUUACUCCUAGCUGCACUCACUGUCACCAUCAGCUUCAGAGUCUACAAAACUGUACUUGCCGCUGUGCAGAAGAGCGAUGAAGGAAGCCCAUUCAAACCCUACCUAGAGAUUGAUGUGACAUUGUCAGAAGACCAGAUUGAGACAUACAGCAAGAAAGCUGUUCAGAAAGUCAAUGUGUGCAUCACGUCGCUCCGACACCUCCUCCUGGUAGAAGAUCUUGUAGACUCCAUUAAGUUUGCUGUAGCUUUGUGGCUUCUCACCUAUGUUGGAGCUUGGUUCAAUGGACUUACACUCAUCAUCCUUGCAUACAUUGGACUAUUUUCCCUGCCCGUUGUCUAUGAGAAGUACCAGGCUCAGAUUGAUGAUGCUGUUGGAAAGGCACAGGAGCAGAUCAAUACAGCUCUGAACAACAUCAAGACCAAGAUUCCAUGGCUCAAGAAGAAAGAGGACUAAAUCCCAGGGAGAAAAAAAAAGAAGAAUUAUGGACCCGUAUAGUGAAAGAGAGCUAACAUAGCAGACCAUAUAACAAGAAGUCAUCAUGUCUCAGAAUGCUGUUUAAAGUCUAUUGUAUGUGAACCAAAGGAUAACAAAGCCUACUUGCCUCCUAUCCAUAUUUAAAAAAUGUGCCAUAGACAAUUAUUGAAAAUCUAAAGCUAACCCGAAUACGCAAUGUAUAAAAUGAAAUUAAAUUAUAUAUAAGCUCUAUUUACAUUUCAAAAGGAAUCAGAAACAACAGUUCGAUGAUGAUGUCAUCUCAUAUUCUGUCAUGUAAUUUUCAGUGGUUAUGAGGUGGCAGAAAAUAGUCUAAAAUGUAUAGAGCCAACAUGCUUGAUCAUUUUCAAAAUAAGCAUUUCAUUGUAAUUUACCUGAUAAAUAAUUAAUACAUCUUCUAUCAAACUUACGUAAUUCACUAUUGACUAGGCUUUUAUUUCUUGUGCAAAAUGACAUCUGUUUAUCAUCACUGUUUUAUUUGCACGAAGAAUGACAUUUUUAGAGGCUGGAAAGUAAGCUGCUUGUGAAUAGCAACUGGAUUUGCCAUAACAAAUAAAAAUCUUUUGGAAGACAAAACACAUUUGUUUUUCCAUAUGCUGUUGGUUUUUUAAAAGGCUAACUUUCAUCAUCAGAAUGAAGCUCAUAUUAUAAAUUACAUAUGUUGGCUCCUCAUCAUUUGAGGUUUAUAUUACAAGAAAUAAGAGUAAGUCCAGUCAAAUACGUUGAUUUGAGAGAAGGAUGUAAUAGUAACUUUUACCAAUUGACAAGUUUCUUUGUUGAGUGAAUGUAUCCAUUUACAUGUAUGUCAUUUUGAUAUUGAUUCAUGCUAACAGGUGUUUAACACCCAGUUGAAAUUUCUAUUUAAUUCUUGGCCAACUUGCAUCAUUUUUUUUUUUCAAAUUUAAUUCCUGAAAAAACUUAAAAGGAUAAUAUUGAAGUUAUGAUAUAACUUCUACAGAGAAUUACAAACAUGUGAAACAAAUGCCUAUGAUAACUCCUUUAAGUUUGGAAAGAGAGCAUCUUUGAAAUUAUCUUUAGGUUAUUAUCAAUGAUAGAAAAUGAAAGGUGGAAUCAUACAAUAUUUCUUUGAAAAUAGGUUUGGAAUAUCUUAUAAUUGGUUAAUAUCUUAUAUAAGGUAAAAUUUCUUGUAACAAAGACAUACGCUUUGUCAUUAUGAAGAAAAGGACGGGAGAAAGUCAAUAUCGGAAUAUCCCUUUUCGGAUGAUAUCAACAUAUACAUUUGAGAAAUGUUGUACUUAAAGGAUGUACUUGUAUUUCUUUCCUUAAAGGUAAUCUAUUGUACAUGCAGUGAAAGCAUUUGGAAUUAUUAUCAAUAUUGAUCAUGUAAAGAAAUAGGUCCAGAUUGAUGUUGGUUAAUUUAGAUUGGCCUCAUAUGAAUUCAGUAUACUUGCUAAAAGAUCUUGCCAGCAAUGGAAUUAAUGUUACGCUCAUAUUGGACCGUAUAUUUAUGUGAGCUUUAUCACAAUAUGAAAGAAUGAUUUGGAUGAGUAAAUUACAUAUUGCACAAAUUUUUCCCCUAUUUCAUUUGGCAGAUAUGUGAUUCUAAAAUUUGUUUGAAACCAUCACAGUUAUUAAGCUCAUAUCAAGCAUUUGCAGCAAAGAAUAUUGUAAAUAGAUCUGCUAGAAUGGAAACACUUGUCAUAUAUUGAACUUGAUGAUUUAAAGUGUUUGUGUGUUUCUGAAGGCUGCUCCAUGUGUAGCAAUGUAAAUAUUCCGUAUAUGUGAGUCCACACUACCAGAUCUCUUCAGAUAAUGGAUAUCCAAUUCGUAACUCACAUUUAAUGAUUUAAAUCUGUGUCCAGGACCUGGUCCCCAUUUCACCUUUCAUUUAUUACUCAUCUCAUUAAGAACAAGACUGCAUAGCAUCUUAGUUUGCCUUUGUAUUGCUACUCCGUACAAGUACAAAUUUGAAUGAAUUGUUUUGAGAUAAGACCAAAAUUGGAAUUGACAUAAAUGAUAUUGUAUUAAGCUGUUGAACUCUUGAUUACCUUUAAGGGUAGGAAUAAGAUAAUUCACAGUAUUUGUUUAUACGGUGUACAGUGCAAUGCAAGACAUAGUCAACCUGUAAAUUAGUUUUCAAUGUAAAUUAAGAAACCUAGCUUUUCACUUCAAUUCAAUUAAAUGUGUAUGCAUAGAUUAAUAUUCAUGUAGUUCAUUUAGUGUAUAGUGUAUGAUAUGCAUUAGCUUGAGUGAUCGAUAAAGAUCUCGUAAAGCAACUUCACAGACAUGUAAUUGUAUAGCUGAUGACUGUACAUUGUAUCAAAUGUGAAUUAAUGAAAUAAUAUGAAUCUCUGCUGUAAAGGUGUAUUUCUUUGUGUUCAAAUUGUUUGGUUACAAUGUGUUUGUGUAAUUCCAGUUAAACUGUAUAAUGAUCAGAAUUGUGCGUAAUUGAUAUUUGCAGUCUUAUUGCGGUCACAAAAAACUUUCCAAUCCCUAGAUAUCUGUUGUCAGUAACACUUCAGGGGUGAAGGGGGCGGGGAAUCUCACAUUUAAAAAAUAUUUAUGUAUGGUGUACAAUGGUCAGUAAAUGCACACAAAAAAACUUUUGGUAAAUUGAGUCGUCGUAAACUUCCAAUUCAUCUUUCAUAGAGUGUUUCUUUAUGUAACCAUUUUGCAAAAAAAUAAUAUAUCAUUAUGUGCGUGUGAAGUGUACGUUUUAGUGGAUUUGUUAAGAAUUUCAGGCAAUUCUAAUAUAGCCAAGUAUGUACUGGAGAGCUUUUUCAUAACAUUUUUACAACCGAUUGAUUUUUAAUUAGCAUUUUUCAUGCCAUUUGUUAGACAAUCUUAGAUGCAUAGAAGUGGCAUUACUACAUGCUGUAUUUUUCUCAUUUCAUAAGUCAAGAGAUUUUUUUCCUUGCUGAUUAUAAAGGUAUAAAUCACAUCACUCAGUUUAAGGCGAUGUGACAGUGUACAUUUCUUUAUGAUUGCAUAUUUUGUUUCUAUCUGAAAUGAUACUUUUUGUUUUUAAUUUCGUUGUAAAAACUGAGGUAUUUCUCUUGCCCCUUAGAUUAAUUCAUUCAUUUUUUCUUCUUGAAAACUGAAAAUCUUUGAAAGGAACUUGUAUGUUCUUUUUUGAAAAAAGUUGGCUUUAUUUGCAAUGUGCUUAAUGUGUAUUAAAACAUUGCAAGAUGAAAUCAAUGAAUAAAAAAUGCAUUGUUUGUUCAAUGUGCCCUCAA